UAAUUGUAACUGGUUUGAUACGGGUAUUGUUUUGUGCCUGCGUUUUCACAAGCCACUUUAAAUAAUUAUUUUUUUUUCAGAAGCUAUAGCAAAUUAGUUUUACUUUUAAAGGCUUGCCAGUGUGGUUUGACAGCAUUUUGAAGAUCAUACACAUGUACAAGAGGGAUCUGUAUUUCGUGGGAGGGAAUUAUGCGUUGAAGGGUUUGACAGCGUGCAAGUGAGAGACAUUAAGGUGGCCAGCGAGGCGCAGGGCCUGAAGACUAGCGUGGCCGGUGUGUGGUUGACAGUGUUCGUGGAGAAUGUGCCCAUCACACCACUUCAGUAAAUGUAAAGUGUGUUGAUGAGGCCAAGAAGAGGGGAAGAGAGAGAGAGAGUAGGCGCUGUGUGGUAACUAGGAAUGGCCGAGCCUGGAGUGUGGGAGGAACCUGGCCUGACACAGACGAGUCUCAAACCGCAGUCUUGAUACUAAUUUGUGUAGUGUUGCGCCCCUCCUCCACCUAGUGACCUCGGGGAUGGAUAUCUUCGCCGGAGACAUAGAGAUUGACCUGCCGUCUGAUGACGAUGAUCCGCAUGUCCGAGUGGUGGGCUUGCCAGAGGCAGUCAGACUUGCUGGUGCAAUGGUAAGGCAAGAAUUAGAACCACACAAUAAGGUGACAAUGAAGCUUGACGUGUCUUGGACACACCAUUCCCACAUCAUUGGCAAAGGAGGAAACACAAUUCAGCCAGUUGUUAAGCGAACAGGUGUGAGUAUCCACUUCCCUGAUGGUAACAAGAACAGUGAAGUGCGGAAAAGUAAUCAGGUGUCGAUCAACAGUCGUGGGGAGGAGCUAGCUGGGCUGGAAGAGGCACGGGGAGCCAUCCGGGAGCUAACGCCUCUUAUCUUUACCUUCUCUCUCUCAGCAAGUGCACAGUUCAUCAGCAUAUCUGACCCUAAUAUGCUGAUAAUUCACGUCGAGAACACUUAUAAUGUGCAAGUUGACUUGAAGUUAACCGAUGACAUCUCGCCCCUCAUCGUUGGAUCAGUACGGGGAAGUGAAUGGGAUGCUGUGCGUGUGAAGGAGGCAACACUGUACAUCUUGCAAGCAUAUUGUGACACACUUGCACAGCAUCAAAUGCCUGUGCAGAUGACAGUGGAGAUCUCUCCACAACACCACUCCUUCGUUCUUGGACGUAACAAUGAGACACUGAAGCGCAUCAUGCAGCGCACUGCAACAAAGAUAACAUUUCCUGACAGUAAUGACCUUUCCCUUCCCCCUUUGAAGAAGUCGACAGUCACCAUUUCAGGAGCCAUUGAUAAUGUUUACCUUGCCCGACAAAAUAUUGUAGGAGCUUUACCUUUGGUUCUUAUGUUUGACUUGAUGCCUGACCAAACGGUAGACUCUGCUGAAGUGUCGCAGAUAAUGCAGACCCUCGACGUUAACAUAAUCAUAAAGAAUAAGAGACUGGAUGGUCGGCGGCCUGUUAUUAUAAAAGGAGCAGAAAGAAAUGCUGGUAACAUUUAUGAGGCGUGGCGGAUCUUGGCUCGGGCAGACAAAGCCCCACCUAAAGUCCAAAUACCUCCAACAUACCACAUUCCAGAUGCAGCACCUCUCUACGGCCUCACUACAGAUCUGAACCUGGGUCAGUGGUUGGGUGGUGGGAGUGGGGGCUCAUCUCCGCUCCCAUCCCCCACAGGCACCCCCAGCCCUCAGGUCCACGCUAGUGCACCGUGGAGCAGCCUUAGCCCCUCUAGUAGUCAGCUUCCCUCACACUUUUCACGUACCCAGUACAGCACCAUGUUGUUUGAACCUUCUUCUUCGUACUACUCGGCAAACUUACUUCUUCGCUCAAGCUCUUUCAACUGCAACAACAAUAAUAGCAACGUGCCAAAUAACAACUGUAUAACAUCCAAACAGACUGGAGGACUUGGCAUGAGUUCAGGAGUGAACCUCAACUCGCUUGUCAGUGGGUUAAGUGGCAUGGCGCUCUCCAAUGGUGUUGAGGAUGCUUCAUGUGGAACAAGCAGUAACAGUGGGAGUUCUCUAUCAUCCCCAGCACCGUCUCCGCGUGACGCAUCUCCAGACCAGAUCAUUAAUGGCCAUAUGUCUUCCACGUCACACCAGAGUCAGUAUGCCGAUGCAGAAUCGGCUACCACUAAUGGAAUGAAUGCAAUAUCUGCAUUGCUGACAGAUAUUGAUAGACGAGCUCCUGGGUGUGAGAAGAAGCGUAUUGAGAUGGCUGCUCAAAAAAUGACCUCGCUCUCAGACUACAGUUCAAAGAAAGUCCAGGCAGCUAAAGCCAUGAAAGAGCAAGUAGACUCGAGUCCUCGUACUCCAACGUCAAGUUGGUCAGGCUAUGGAUUCAGUAAAAGUAUGCCAGGCUUCAUGAUUCGACAGAAGAUGCAGGAAAAUAGACUCUUGAAGACUAAUCAGGGAGGGCUGGAGGGUUGGGAGGAGUGGCAGCAGCAGGAGGCUGGAGCCGGGGACUUUUCGUCCAGCCAAGCAAUGUCUAGUCUACAUUAUCCAUCUCGUAUGACGCAGCUUGGCCAAACUUCACUUGGCACUAGUGAUAACUUGAUGGUGCAACGACAGCCUUUUAGCCUUUCGUCCAGUAAUUAUAUGGAUUGCGUGCUACCUCGACCCAGAGAGAGUGCCUGUCACACCAGUCAGCAGUCGGAUAUCACAUCCGUACUGACGGAUCUAAAAUUAGAGCAGUAUAUUGAUGUAUUUGUGGCCCAAGAAGUUGAUAUAAAUAUGUUCGUGUCACUCAAUGACACAGACCUGAAAGAGCUUGGCAUACAGAUAUUUGGACACCGCAGGAAGAUACUCAUGGCUAUAAGAGAUCUGUCUACUAAAAAGCCCUUCUUCUUUGGGGGAGUUGGGGCCGUAAAGAGUGGAGUAGACCGUACUUCUGCCAUACGAGAGACUACGUCAACGUGGGAAUAAUGUAAGGGAGACGGGGAAUGACGUGAGGAAGGAUUACAUAGAGUAGCUGUUUGACUACUGAAAUAAUGCUGUGUGUAAUGAGUUGACGGACUGCGAGUGUGGUGUGCUAUGACUGAUAUCGUGUACUUGAUUAAAUUUCAUAUAAAGUUAAUGUUGACCAAUUAAUGUUAUAUAACUGGAGGAGUAGUUCUUAUUGUCCCUGAUUAUUUGGUUCUCUUUGUUAAAAAAAUAUGAAUUGCUAACCCUUUUGUAGUUAGGGGUGUGUUUAUUUUUUAAUAGCAACUAGUAAAAACUAGCAGUUUUAAAAGUAAAUUACACCUAAAGUUCUGCCUUUUGCAGUUUCUAAUAGUUAUUUAAAACAAAACAAAUCCCCUGACACUUAACAGCAAAUUUUGACAUCUUUUGAUUCUUUCCAUUCAGGGAAUUUUUCAAGCAAUGGGAUUUUUUUUUUUUUAAUACGGCCAAAAUAUUAGCAUAUUAACAUUUGUAAAUUAGUGCUUAAGAAUUCCAUGUUUAUCAAUUAUGGCACUAGUUGCAACAUUUGUUUGAUAUUUGGUUGGUAAUGUACGAAAGCCAUUCACCAUUGAUUUUUGUCUUCUGUGAGCACUAGAUGCCUCCGACAACCCAGAAUCAUGGACUAGUGGUCAGCUUGUAUGUUAAAGUAAACUGUAUAGAUUUAAUUUAUCUUCUUUCAUCUGGGGAGAAAAGAAAGCUAAAAUAUGUUUUGUAAUGCAUUUUUUUUAUUUUUUUUUAUUUUUUUGCUGACACUAAUGCUGUGCAUCUGUUAAGCUUCUUGUAUUUGUCUUGACAUACUAUAAGUCACUUGAUUUUUGCUGAAACUAUGACUGUAUUUCAGCCAUGUAACUUAAGACCAGAAUUAGCUAUGACUGCUUGACGUGCAGCUGCUGCACAUGAUGUACGCAAGUACUCUGUUUCAGAGUGGAAGUACAAAUGUUACACAGGUUUUUCAGAGUUACGCUAUUGGUUACUCAGACUUAAUGGCAUCAGCAUGCUGGACUGAAAUUACCCAAUAGGUAAAAUGGCGCUCUCAAAUUGAAGUGUUGUGUCUUGACCAAAUGAUGACUUAUUACUGGCCAAUAGUGCCCACUGUGCAUCAUGUUUCCUUGUGCAAGGUGCUGUAGUUACUAUUGCAUUUUAUGUGUUCUAUUUUUAUAUAUUGAAAGUAUGUUGUUUGUAUGAUACCAGUUUCUGACCAGGUUGGUUAUUAUGUAAAUUUGCAUGAGUCCUUUGGAUUAAAAUGAGGUUAAAGCAGAAUAUUACAUUUUCAGUUUAGUGGACACUAAAAUGGCAAGAGAUAUCUGGAGAAAGCAGAAGUGUGCAUGCAUCCUUGCAUCCUUCUGUAGCUUUCAACACAAUGCCAUGUGUCUGUUUCGUUCAUUUGUUCUCUGCUUACACCAAUAGAUUUUGACUGACCGAGCUCUAGUUCUGCCAUGGAUCGUGUGGCCCCAUGAUAGAUUUGUUUUACAAUUUUAAGGUCAUUCCAUAAAUGUACAGAAAGUGCCUUGAUGCAGUGUUCAUGUGGAAUGUAAUUGUGAUAUUAACUAUAGGUAAUGUUUUACAAUUCAGGGUGAUACCCCCAAGGUUAGUUCAUUAUUUUUAUACCAUCAUAGUGCUGUAAAAUGGAAAAUGCAGCAAUUUGAAAAAAAAGUGUAUGCAUGUAUUUUUUUCUAAUCUUGUUAUCUUUCGAAAAGUGGUCAUUCCUGUUUGAUUUUAAAUUUUUUUUCUUUUUUUUUUUUUUUAGCAUUCCAAGUUUUAGUUGUGUCCGGGUUUUACAGGUGAUCUCGCUUUUCCCUUGAAAAAUUUAGUUGUGUUUCUAAUAUAAAAAUAUCCAAAACUAAGUAUCUAGUAUGCUCUUAUUUUAAUAAAGAUUUUUGAAAUUUAGGAUUUCUAAAGAAAUCAGAAUUUUCAAUUUAUUUACCGAUUUUGUUUAGUUUGAAUAAAGAUUAUCUAAAUUUA